CCCAGUUGCAAGCUAUUCAUACCUAUCCAUCUCAUCACUAUGGUCCAACUCUCCACAGACGCAAUUGUAACCAUCAUUAGUACGAUCCCAGGACUCCUGAUAUCAUGUCUAAGUGCUUGGUUCGCAUACGCGGUGUUGCGUCGUCGGCAUGUAAAUCGAAACGACAUUGAGACCGCUACCAUCGAGUUCAUCAUUGCCCAAAUCAGUGCAACUCCGCUGAGUCUCGAGUUGCCAUACACGCAUCAAUUUGCACCCGAAGUCUUAUUGCCAAGCGAAAAUCUACCCCAGCUACCCCCGUCGACCCAUCACAACAUUAGUGGACGAAAGCAAAGACAGGCUGAGACUCUGCUACCACCACGAUUCGAUAGGCAAAACAACUUACUACGCCCGAACCCAGUUGCAGCGUGACAAGAUGGAUAUAAGUUGUCGGGCUUCUGGGAUCAGUCUAUGUUGGAUUCAUAAGUGUAUAUAUAUUAAAAUUAGUGCUUGCAUGGAAUACACAAUUGGAUGUAUUUUGUCAAUA